GGAUCGAGGCUGUAGCAUCGCUGGAUUCCAACAUGGCGGACUUCAACUUCAAUAUUAUUCAAGAUCUCCAAGAAAACUUGAGAACAGCAAGGUUCCCAGCCGAAAAUCUUUCCACAAUUGCCCAGAAAGGCGACACUCGACCUUUGAUUGAAAGACUUGACCCAAAGCUCGUUGAACAGUUUCUGACCGAGAAUGUUCCUAUUCAGGGAACUGGGCCUGGUGCCGUGCAGAGUCAGCUCUAUGUUGCUUGUUUCUGGGGGUUCAAAGGUCUAGUCAAACAGCUGCUUGUGAAAGGUGUAGAUGUAAAUGGUCAGAACAAGGGUACGUUAUGGACACCUUUACAUGCGGCAACAUUUCAAGAACAUGGUCCGGUUGUGAUGCUGUUAUUGGAGAAUGGUGCCCGGAUGGACAUAAAAGAUUCCGAAGGAAGGUCACCAAAAGAUUUUGCUUCUGCCUCGGAAAAGAUUUGGAUACAUUUUGCCGCCCGGAAUCUAAAUCGUACAUCGAAAGCUGAACUGAUGAGGAUGGGGAUUUGGGUGGAUAAACAAACGUCACCAUGUGUGUCACCACGGCGACCAGGAGAAGGCAUCAAAAUGGCUGAUAAUCGAGGUGGUCCCCAAGACUCCUCCACCAGCGACCCCUAUCGGAAUGCAGCUUUAAACGGUGAUGUACUAGCGCAGGAUCAAACGUCAAAUCAGGCCAGUGGCAACCCACAUUUCUCAGUUUGGAAAUGAGGAAUUUGUCUUUAUAUUGAGAGCCCUGCCCAGUGACAGAAAUUGUCGUUUAAAACGGAUAUAGGAAUGUGUUAUCCUGCUACUACAUGUAACUAGCACUUAUUCUUCACUCUUAUUGAGACACAAGUGUUGCCCAUAAGGAAUAGGUUACUUGUGGGAUACUCAGGGCUGUGUCAUUUUAAAACGAAUCCCGAGCACUGUGUACCAGAACUUGAUAAGAAUGAAGUGUUGCACAACUGUGAUAUUUCACCUUUUACUGCCAAUGUUUUAUUGUUGUUAUACUUGUAUAAAUCAUGUAUAAAUUGUGUGUAAAGAUACUGAAAAAACUGAAGGCCUGUGCCAAUAAAAAUUUGUUGUUAUUUGCCAACAAUAAAAAUAUUAGUUUUA